CACUAGACUCGCUCCCGCAUGGUAAGAUCCUGCACUCCUCAUUAGCAUCUCACGAUGGCUUUGGUGGCAUUUCAGCAGCCGAAGCCUUCGGGAUGCAGCCUUUGCAGAACUUCGGCGCUGAUGACAGGAUGAGGAAGCGCCGCAGGACUGCUGAGUGGAACGGAGGGCAAGCCCAGGGGUCGACCGACUUAUACGCCGAUGCUUCUGCUGUUGAUGAAACGUCGUACGGUGGCGUCGUGCGCGAGUACGCCACGGCGGCUGGCAACGCUGACGAGAUGGUGGAGCAGCAAGGGCAGACCGAUCUUGCCCUGACUGCAAGCUCUGCACCGCAUCCCAUGUACUCGGAUGCAGCUACGUACCAGCAGCCUUACUACACUGCUCAACAAACUGACCCGGCUACUUAUACUGCGCCAUGGCCACCUAUAACGUACGAUGCUCGGUACAACGCUUCUGUGCCAACAUCAGAAAACAUGCCUUUCUUUCCACUCAGCACCGGAGUUGCGACGGAACAGGUCGAUGAUAUCGGUAUAGCUGCGCAGAUCUCAGCGUAUCCGGAUCCUAAUGCGAGUGCCGAGUAUCUGUACGUCGGCCCUCAAAGUGGAGCACUGCAACAAUAUGCUUCUUCCUCGUAUAUGGAUGAUGCCAGCAUGCAGCUCAAGAUACAAAGCUUGUCAAUACUGGACAAUUUGGUGAGUUAACACUCCAAACUUAUGCAACGUGCGCUCUGAAAGCAGCAACCAACUGCGUUUGUAUAGGUUGUGUUGCUCAGAGGACUUCCACUUCACAGCCGAAUAUUCCAGCGUGAUUGUGCGGUGCAACCG